GAGUUGGGACACAGCUGGCUGUGCUUUGUGUAGGUUUCGAGAAAGGCGUUUCUGGACGGGCGGCUGCGGCGUGGACCGGCCCGGCCGCCGUGCGGCAAGCAGAGAGGCUGCUGGGUAGAUGGCGGUGAGCGCGCGGACAUGAGCGAGAGAGGGGAACUGGAUCUGACCGGAAUCAAACUGAACACCGGCGUCUGGCUGGUCAAGGUUCCUAAAUACCUUUCUCAGCAAUGGGCUAAAGCAACAGGAAGAGGUGAAGUCGGAAAAAUAAGGAUAGCCAAGAAUCAAGGAAAAACUGAGGUUUCAUUUACUUUAAAUGAAGAGCUCGCAAGUAUCCAAACUACCAGCGGGAAGGGUGCACCAAUUAGCGCACCCAGGGAGCAUCCAUUCACAAUGCAGAGUGUUGGAGGACAGACGCUGUCAGUUUUCACAGAAGGACCGUCAGGACAGUCAGAAGAGAAAUCUGAUGGCAGCAAUGAAAAACUAACAUUUGAAGGAGUUGUGGUUCAGCGUGCAGAAUGCAGACCAGCUGUCAAUGAAUCUUACAUGAGAUUAAAAAGGCAGCAAAUUGAGGAAUCAUCCAAACCGAUGCGUCUCUCCCUACAACUGGAUAAGGCUGUCACAACAAAUUAUAAGCCUGUUGCAAACCAUCAGUACAAUAUUGAAUACGAGAGGAAGAAGAAGGAAGAUGGGAAACGUGCCCGUGCUGACAGGCAGCAAGUACUGGAUAUGCUGUUUUCAGCCUUUGAGAAGCACCAGUACUACAACAUCAAGGACCUGGUGGACAUUACUAAGCAGCCAGUUACCUAUCUAAAGGAAAUUUUGAGAGAAAUUGGUAUCUACAAUGUGAAAGGCACUCACAAGAAUACCUGGGAGUUAAAGCCAGAGUAUCGACACUAUCAAAAUGAAGACAAAAGCGAAUAGUACAUCAGAGCCUUUGGAACUGCUGAGCAAGUUAGCUGCUGCAGAAAUUCCAAACAAGUCAAACGUUCCAAGGUAUAGACUUGGUUAUCAGUCACUAAGAACUGAGCAAGACAGUAGAGCUUUGUUUAUCCUUUCUCAAAAGCCAGAAUGUUUUUUGUGGCAUCCUAUUUUGAAAGUGAAAAUGUCCGUAAAUAAUUUGUUUUUAUUUGGAACAAGGAAAUGCUUUGUAUCUUUCAAGUAUUUUGACAUGGAAAGAUGAAUUCAGGAGGAGCAUAUUUGUACUGUUAAUAAAAUAUUGUAUUGAAACAAU